GAAAAAGAAUUCCCAUGGAGCUUCAUGAGGCCACCGCGGUAGCGCUGAAGGUGACAUCGACUUCUCAUCGAUUCGUCUCACCUGCCACAGGUGCGAAGUAGUCUCGAUUCCCAGUCAUUUUGUGCCUUCAGUCUGUCUCACCCUCUCCUCGGACACGUAGCAAUUCCAAAAAGUAGUGAAGCCCCCAAGUGAGUGGCAAUUUGCUAAAGUUCACAGUGAUUGCGCCUUCAUUGAGACCUUCUCACCUGUGUGCUGCCCCAAAUUUUUACCUGUGAUACUUUGAAGAGAACACUCAGUUUUCCCAGUAAAAACGCCCGGAAUUCCCGUGGACAGUGGAGUGUGUGUGUGUGUUGGACGCAAAGUGCAUUGAAACUUGAGCAAUUCCAUUAAAUAUAAUGACGAUUCCGCUUCGAUGCCUUUAGUGAGAAGUUGGAAGGCUUGUUUUCUAGACAUUUCUACCUAAAAAAAAAGAGCUUAGUGUGCAACAAGUGUUUCGAGACACUCAUAAAAGAGCCUAACGGUACCUGUUGCGUCCGGACACUUUUUUUUAUUAGCCUUUUGACACGUGUGUCAAGCUAAAAGUCCUUGCCUGUGGCUCCUGGUGAUCAUCCGUGAGAUUAAGUAGUGGGAAAUGUGUAAAAAGCAUCUUCGUGGCAUCUGAAGUGCUUCAUCCCGGACGCGAGAGUAAGACGAAUUGACCAAGACACCUCUGCCGUGGACAAUUUCUCUUCAAGCCACUUCAAUCUUCUUUGGGUUUGUGAUCGAGAGAGAGAGAGAGACUUGGGUGAAAAUACGCAGGGAAUUUCUCUCGGAAGAGUGUGAUUGGCAUUUCCCCAGCACUGACCAUCGAGAGUGAAGAAGCUGAGGGGGAGGUAAAAGAAGGGAAGAGGUACCGCAGAAGUCCACCUUUUAUACUCUUGCCCGUUGAGCGUUACGUAACGCAGAGUCUUCGCGGCUCACGCAGACAGAGUUAGAGGGGAAGGUGAAAAAAAGCACCGAAGAAAAUCAACAAAUCAUCAAUGGCAACAACAGAAUACUCAAUAACCAGUUCUUCUGGAUUUUGACCACAUCAACACGAAUGGGAGGCUCAGGAGGUGCCAGAUACCGCACAGCAAUAACUCCCGGGAAAUCCUCUCCACCUCAGACUGAUAGUGCGUAAGCUUUGGUGAACACAAGUGACAGAUAGCAAAAAAAAAAGAAAAAAAAGGAUUAUAGAGUAGGUAAAAAAAAAGUGAAGAAGAGAGGUACAAGUGCAAAGUGUGACACCUGUUUGGAAAAUGCUGAUGCCGGGCCACGUUGUUUCCCUGUAUGUGGCCACAUGUGGACUGGGUGGUCCUGGACUGGGAUCCGACGAGAAGGAGAUCGUCCUGCUCGUCUAUGUGAUCAUCGAUGCCAGUACAUCUAAUAUUGUCGGUGUACAGCAAUACCUAGUCCGUCCAGUGGGACAUUUCACCAAUAAGGAAAAGACACCAACGGAACAACCAACUUCACCUGAUGCCCUUAUCUCACCUGAAAUAUCCAUCACAGAAUCAUUCCUACAAGUUGCUGGGCGACCACUUAGUGAAGUUAUUGAUCAGUUUGAUGAUUACGUUCGCUCUCUGUCCAUCGAUCCGACGAGUCCAAAUUUUCGCAUAGUCACAGAUGGGCAGCUACCCCUGCGCCAAUCACUUCAUCCCGAAGCUAGUGCCAAAGAUAUCCAAUUGCCCUCCUAUUAUUGGCGAUUCAGUGAUCUGCGGAAGGAGAUGGUGCGAUGUAAAUCGGGUGAUUUAUCCAGGGCACUUAUUCCUAUCACAGAAGCCAAAAAACUAGUCAAUAUGCCUAGUUUACCACCUGUUCCGGGGAGUAUAGCUGAGAUGCUUACAGAACUGGAACUUAAACCUUACUCUGAUUCGGAUUUUUAUGUGAAGGAGUCUCGUGAUAUGGUGACGAUUAUUCAGGCUCUCUUGACAGCAGGUCAUAAAUUUGAAUGUACAGAAACAAUUAACCUCGCUCUUGAACCAGGAAUUUGCUCAAUUGAUGAUGAGAUUGAUGGAUCGUGCAUAGUGCGAGCUAGAGGUCUUCCGUGGCAGAGCAGUGAUCAAGAUAUUGCAAAGUUUUUCCGGGGUUUGAAUGUUGCCAAGGGUGGCGUAGCACUUUGUUUGUCGCCACAGGGAAGACGCAACGGAGAAGCUCUAGUGAGAUUUGUGUCACAGGAACAUCGAGAUAUGGCACUUAAGAGGCAUAAGCAUCAUAUUGGUAAUCGGUACAUUGAGGUGUAUCGGGCAUCCGGUGAGGAUUUCCUUGCUGUUGCGGGUGGUGCAUCGAAUGAAGCUCAGGCAUUUCUAACAAAGGGGGCUCAAGUUAUUAUUCGCAUGAGAGGCCUUCCAUACGAUUGUACAGCUAAACAAGUCUUGGACUUUUUUUCCACCGGAGACAAUCCCUGUCAAGUUCUCGAUGGGGUUGAUGGGGUGCUUUUUGUCAAGAAACCCGAUGGUAGAGCAACAGGUGAUGCCUUUGUACUCUUUGCCAAUGAAACCGAUGCACCGAAUGCCCUAUCGAGACAUCGUGAAUCAAUUGGUCAGCGAUAUAUAGAGCUCUUUCGUUCAACGACAGCCGAAGUGCAACAGGUACUUAAUAGAUCAAUGGAUCCCAAAACAUACGAACCACCAGCCCCACCACUGAUUCCACAACUGCCACAAGUGCAAAUUCCUCUUGUGCCACAGCAUGUUAUAACGAGUGGUACGUCAAAGGAUUGCAUAAGAUUGCGAGGAUUACCGUAUGAAGCCAAGGUGGAACAUAUUUUGCACUUUUUGGAGGAUUUUGCCAAACAUAUAGUCUUCCAAGGUGUUCACAUGGUGUACAAUGCUCAAGGUCAACCGAGUGGUGAGGCAUUCAUUCAGAUGGACUCGGAAACAUCAGCAUAUGCAUGUGCUCAGCAGAAGCAUAAUAAGUAUAUGGGGAGUUUUGGGAAGAAGCAUCGGUACAUUGAAGUGUUUCAGUGUUCGGGCGAUGAUAUGAAUCUUGUCCUCACUGGCGGUCUCCAUUCACCGGCGAAUCCGUCAAAGCCACCACUUCUGUCACCCGGUAUGUUGCAUUCAUCACCAGCACCACAGCAAAAACCCACACCACCGGCUAGUGUUCCCCAGCAGAUUCCCAUUUCUGUUCCUCCUCCUCUUACCUUGUCUAUUCAACCACCAAAUCCGGCAUUGAUUGCCCAGCAGCAAGCUCAAUUUAUUGCCCAACAAAAUCUAGCACGGCACAAUGCUGCUGUGCACAAUGAGCAACUUCUGCUGCAGAAUCUCACUCUUAUGCAUCAUCCGGCCCAUACCACGGCCGCUAUUCAUGGCCAUCCUGCUGCCACUAUGGCAGCCUAUCCGCCAAUGUUUACAGCCCCGGCAAGUGCUCCGCAUCCCUUUCUCUUUUCCCCACGCGCAGCACUUCUUCCGGCUCAUCCUCAAUUUCCCAUGGGCUUGAUUCCAGGGCAUCCUACGGCUCUGGCUCAUCAUAUGCCCCUGGCACAUCCAUCUCUGGCUGUGUCAGCAGCAGCUGUAGUUCCGCCACAGCCUGGUACUCCCGUGGCGUCCAUUAAACGCUCGUACGAGCAUGCCUUUCAGCAGGAAGCUGCAACACCCGGAAAUGCCACAAAACGACAUUUUCCCGGUACUGCAGCUGCUGCAAUUUAUGCCCCAUUCUAUCCCCCAAAUAUUUAAAAUGUCAAAAAAAGCAAUUUUUUUUUGAAAUUCCUGCUUGAGAGACUUUACAGUAACAAAAAAAGUCAUUCCAAUUUAUAAUUAUUAUUGAUGCAAUUGUAGAAAAAAAUAUAUACAAUGAAUCUUCUAAUUUACUUCAAAA